UGUGAGGAAUGUGCGACGAACAUUGAGCAGCCGCCCCCCAUCUGAGGGUUCAGUCUGCAGUCACCGGCAGUGUCUCCAGUAUUUCACCGACAUAAUUUCUCCUAUUUGGCUACUCCAUCGGCUGCUGCUGAAUCGGUGACCCUACUGCAAGAUGUCUUCUACCCCAGAGCUGCACCCCCUCCUCUUCACCACGCUGCCCUCCUUCCCACCGGUCACUCCAAUAGUCCUAGUUUCGGAGCUCAAUGCUACCUCUUGCGAGGAGUGGGAGCAGACCCAUCACCUCCUCUUCCAUCUGGGGAGCCUGUCCCUGCUGUUGGGUCUGGUCAUCCCCACCACCCUUGGCCUGCACAUGAUCUUAUUGCGCCUCCUCUUGAUGACAGGAUGUGGUCUCUUCAUUGUGUGGGCGACUCUGUACAGGUGCAACCUGGAUGUGAUGGUUUGGAAUGUUGUAUUUUUGAUGGUCAACUUCAUGCACUUGUUCUUCCUCCUGUACAAGCGUAGACCGAUUAAGAUCGACAGGGAGUUGCGGUCAGUCUACAAGCGGAUGUUUGAGCCUCUCCAUGUGCAGGAGGCUCUGUUUCAGAGGCUAACAGGGCAGUUCUGCACCAUCCAGACACUAAAGAAGGGACAGGUCUAUGCUGCUGAGGACAAAACCUCUGUGGACGAACGCCUCAGCAUUCUCCUCAAAGGAAAGAUGAAGGUAUCGUAUCGAGGCCAUUUCCUUCACAACAUCUAUACCAAUUCAUUCAUUGACUCUCCAGAGUUCAGGUCCACUGAGAUGCACAGAGGAGAAAAGUUUCAGGUGACCAUCAUGGCAGAGGAGAACUGUAAAUUCCUGUGUUGGUCUCGAGAGAGGCUCACCUACUUUCUGGAGUCAGAUACUUUCCUAAAUGAGGUGUUUCGGUACCUCAUUGGCAAAGACAUCACCAACAAACUGUACUCUCUGAAUGACCCCACACUCAGUGACAAGGCGGUGAAGAAGAUGGAUCGUCAGCCCAGCCUAUGCUCUCAGCUGUCUAUAAUGCAGAUGAGGAAUAGCAUGGCAAGCAGCAGCGAAACUGAUGAUGUCCUUAACCAGAUCCUACGAGGAGGUUCUGCUGGAUCGUCACUCCAAAAAUCCCCUGGCACCAAUACCUCCUCAAAGAUGAAGCCCAUAGAAGAAGGCAUGGAAGAUGAUGUUUUUGAAGAAUCUGCUUCUUUCAAGUCUCGGCGUAUGCCCAGCACUUCCACUGAGGAAGUGUAGCCAGAUCAAAUGUAUGCACCUCUUGUUUAGCAACAACAACAACAACAAUCUGAUAGAUACACCCGCAAGGCCGACAAUACAACGUGUUUUUUUCUUUAAUAAAUGGAUAUCUGCCUGCUGGCAACAAAUGUCAGCUGAGAAAUAUAAAGAUAUGUUGGUGGUCAUUUCGAAACAGUGUCUCCAUUACAUAGUUUGCCCACCAAAGGCCACUGAAAAGUUUAGUUUGAAACUGUUAAAUGUUCUUCUUCUACUAGAAAUAACUUCUUAGAAAAAUGUCAUAUGUUAACUCUUCACUGUGUUCAUCAGCUACUUGUUAAUUGUGUCUGUCUGCUGCUUGGUGCUAAGGAACUGUACUGGGAAGCAGGCCGAGGGUUAUGGCUCCAGGGGGCCCAGCCCACCCACAUAACUGCCAUGCCUCCCCAUAGCUUGCAGUGUAUGAUGUUGUGCUCUAUACACUGUAAACCCAACAGAGCCCACUAAGAGAGAGUUCUUUUAUUAAAAAUGUAUGAACAAUACUAACGUCAAAAUCAGCAGGGGGAGCUGCAUAGAAAGAGCUCUUAGCAAGCCUCUAGUUCUCUCUCCCUCUUUCUUGUUGACUUGAAUACAGAAGAAAUGACUAUCAUAAAAAUACGUGUCUGUCUGUCAAUCGAUCUCCACCACUCUCUUUUGUUCAGUACUGUGGAAAGGACUGCUGUGUCAUAAGCACCCACUUCAGUGCUGUCCAUGGACCUGACA